AUGGAACCGGGGGAGCCAGCGGUGGACUUUCUCAGCAGGCGCCUGCCGCGAAUGCGCGGCGGGCCGCUUCCGGCUCUGGAGCCUCGAAGGACGGGGCAGCUAGGUCGGGACGCGGCGGCGCUACUCGAUCGCGGCCCGUCGUACCUCGCGAUGGGACCUCGGCAGAAGACGGCAGCAACAAGAAGGCCCGUUCCGGCGACUUGCCACCGACUGCUCCGCGUGCGGGUGGAACUUCGUCGGCAACGCCAGCGUUCUCCCGACAUGAAUCAGCGACAGCGGCAGAAGCACCCAAGCACGGGCCUCAAAAUCGGUGAGGCCCGUGCUGACGGAGUCCACCUGGGCGUUGAAAUCCUCAACGCUGUCCCGGCCUGCCGGAGGGACGGUGAGGGGGGAGGGGGGGGCGAGGAUGGCGGCUCCCCACCACCGGACUUCGGGGGGGGCGAGAAUGACGGUGCGCUUGAGCUUGACGAUGAUGAAGCCGAAAAAGGAUUCAGUCAAGGGACGCCCCCAGCUGGGACCAUGGGCGGGGGCGGAGCGUCUAAAGGCAAGGGGAAAGGAAAGGCGGGAGGAGGACAAGCCAGCGGCAACGGGAGAGAUGGCGGCGGCACCCCGCGUCGGGACAGGGGACGGGGGGGGGAGCUGCCGAAGUUGACGGCGUCGACCAUGCAGGCUUUCGCUCGGGGUAGCGGGUCCGAAGAUAUUGCGGGGUACACCAACCGGUCUGCCAGCGCGAUUGAGUCGGUCGCGAGCGCGUUGCUGGGGGGUGGCGGGGCUGCAGCCGGGGUUGCAGCCGGGUCUUGGGGCCGGGCUUCAGCCGGGGCGUCUGAGGAAGAGCGCAAGUGGCGAAAGGAACGCGAACUCCUCGGUCUGACGGUCGACUACCAAAACAAUAACAAGGACCGUAACAUCCACGGACUGAUUCAGAAGACGUUCAGGAAACUCGUAUGCCUCAGCGACGACGACGAGGGUGGGGACGCCGACGACGCGUAG